AACUUUUAAAUACAGUACACAUCCGCCCAGACAAUGUGAAACGUGAACGGGGACUCAUUCUCUGCGCGUUACAGUCUCUCCGCACGCUUUCUGGGGAUAGGAGGUAAUUGCAGGACUGCGCGGCUCACUUGACUGCGUCUGGAUACGGACGAAUGGAUGCGCUCUGACCGGGAGGUGGAAAAAAGAUCCCAGCAGAAUGGAAUUCGGAAUUUGCACUGAGAAUCGGCACAUCGCCUCCCACUUCCUGGUUUGAAGGUGGGGCAUGGGGAGGUGUGGCCAUCUCCAUGAAAGAGCCAUGACCAACAUGUCAGAGGUGCUGCGAAUCGAAUGCAACAUAACACACGACAUCCACCAGUACCUGUUCUCCGUCGUGUACAUCCUGGCGCUCCUGAUCGGCCUCCCGGCCAACGUGUACUCACUGUACCACGCCUGGCAGCAGCUGAGGGCGCGGAACGAGCUGGGCGUGUACCUGCUCAACCUGACCGUGUCCGACCUGCUCUACCUGGCCUCCCUGCCCCUGUGGCUGCAGUACAUCUUCCAGGGCGACGACUGGAAGUAUAAGGAGUGGCUCUGCCAGCUUUGCGGCUUCCUGCUCUACGAGAACAUCUACAUCAGCAUCGGCUUCCUCUGCUGCAUCUCCAUCGACCGCUACCUGGCCGUGGUGCACCCCUUCCGCUUCUCGGGCUUCCGGACCAUGCGGGCGGCGGCGGCGGCCAGCGCCUUCGUCUGGCUGAAGGAGGUGGCGGUGGGCGUGGUCUUCUUCCACCGCAAGGAGCUCAGCAUGGACAAGACCAACCAGUCCAUCUGCUUCGAGCACUACCCGAUGGCACACUGGGAGCGGCCCAUCAACUACUACCGCUUCUUCGUGGGCUUCCUGUUCCCGCUGGCCAUCCUGUCGGUGUCGUACUUCCGCGUCCUGCGGGCCGUGAGGAAGAGCGCGGGCACCCACGGCGCCCAGAAGACCCGCAUCAAGCACCUGGUGACCAGCACCAUCGUCAUCUUCCUGGUCUGCUUCUCGCCCUACCACCUCUUCCUGCUGGUGCGCACGGCACUGGAGAGAGAGUGCAGCUUCAUCGAGAACAUUUUCAACUACUACCACUUCUCCCUCUUGCUGACCAGCUUCAACUGCGUGGCCGACCCCGCCCUCUACUGCUUCGUGGGCGAGAGCGCCCAGCGCGAGAUCAGCUGGGCCCGGGAGGCCUGCGCCCGCGUCCUCUGCUGCGGCUCCGCCCCAUCCGACGAGGUCCCCUCGUCCAAUGAGAACGGAGUCACGGGGAUCAUCCUGCCGCAGAAGUCCAAUGAGGAGGCCUGGGGGCGGGGCAAGGAGAGGGAAGACUGUGUGGAUCGACGGGACCUGAGCCAGGGGUGUUCCACCCUGGUCUCAAGGGCCACAGUCUUGUAGGCUGUUUCAGUUGAUGAUGAUGAAGGAUAAGAAAAGGGUUGAACUUUGCAAUUGGAUAAAAAAAAGAACAAAUUUGUUUAAUCAGGGGUCCAGGUGGAACAAAACCAGCCCCUGGAGGACAGCGGUUGAGGAGUCGAGG